CUAGUGAUACUAUCUGUGAAUUAAGUGUAUUGAAUGUCCAAAAUGCAAGGUUUAUCUAAAAGACGUCUUCAAACUAAAGCCUGUAUUGCGGGCGCAAAGACUUUCCUGAUGUUGUUUAAUAUAAUCUUCUGGAUUAUUGGCUUAAUAUUAAUAAUAUCAGGCGUAUGGAUGAGAGCAUCGAUAACUCGUGUGUUUGAAGUUUCACAGUUUCACUUUGGUUUGGCCACACUUUUCAUACUAACUGGUCUACUGAUGAUUAUUGUCGGCACAUUUGCCUGUUGUUGUACAGCACAUGAAAAGCCAACACUUCUGCUUACACUAUCGAUAUUCUUCUUCGUUGUAUUUAUUCUUGUAUUCUCGGCUUCAAUCUCUGGUUAUGUCUAUAGAGAUAAUCUUAAAGAAGGCUUACAUAAGUCGCUCAAUCAAACAAUUCUUGAGUACGGAUCGGGAACUUUAUUGGACACCGAUUGGGACAGAAUUCAACAAAAUUUGCAAUGUUGUGGUGUCGACGGAUUUAGAGACUGGAUAUACACUGAGUGGGCAAACGAGAACCGGACUUUUCCUUUAAGUUGUUGUCGGGAUCCAAAUGUUUGCGAUUAUGUUAGUUCCGAGCAGUUGUAUCCAAACGGAUGCUAUCAACAGAUUUUGCAAAUAUUAAAUAAUAAUUUGAGUGGUAUUGGAAUCGGUAUGCUUUUGGUGGCAUUUUUUCAGAUUUUGGGAAUGGGUUUGUCGUGUUGUUUGGCUCUCAAUAUAAAUAAGGCUCUCUAUGAAGAAAUGAUGGAUUAAUAACUGAUCUCAAAGAAUAUGUUUGAUAACAGAAAAAUUUUAUAUUAUAUUA